GGUUGGAUAUGGCGCGAGGAGUGUGAGCUGGAGAAAGCGGCUGUUCCUUGGUCGUUUUGCAGCCUCCCUGAUCGGCCCUUUCACUCACUCACUGUCCCGCACUGGGAAAACGGGCAUUGUUCUGAGCGUUUCCUCAUCCUGAGGAGCGCAGCUUCUUUCCAACCUGCAUUGUUGGCCUUUUAUUGAGUGCGGCCAUGGCCUGGGCGCUGAAGAUGCCGAUGCCGGAUGAGGUGAUUGAAUCUGGGCUGGUGCAGGAUUUCGAUGCCAGUUUGUCUGGAAUCGGCCAGGAACUGGGGGCAGGAGCCUACAGUAUGAGUGAUGUCCUUGCACUGCCAAUCUUCAAACAGGAAGAGUCCAACUUGCCUCCAGAAAAUGAGAAUAAACUAUUACCCUUUCAGUAUGUCCUUUGUGCUGCUACCUCUCCAGCUGUGAAACUCCACGAUGAAACACUUACGUAUCUUAACCAAGGGCAGUCUUAUGAAAUUCGGAUGCUUGACAAUCGGAAAAUUGGGGAGUUGCCUGAAAUCAAUGGCAAAUAUGUGAAGAGUAUUAUCAGAGUGGUGUUCCAUGACCGGCGUCUACAGUACACUGAGCACCAGCAGUUGGAAGGAUGGAGGUGGAAUCGGCCAGGAGACAGGAUCCUAGAUUUAGAUAUCCCAUUAUCAGUGGGGAUUGUUGACCCCAGAGCAAAUCCAACACAACUAAAUACAGUGGAGUUUCUGUGGGAUCCUUCAAAGAGAACCUCUGUAUUUAUCCAGGUGCAUUGUAUUAGCACUGAAUUCACGACGAGGAAACAUGGAGGAGAAAAAGGUGUGCCUUUUCGAAUUCAAAUUGAUACAUUCAAAGAAAAUGAAAAUGGUGAUUAUACAGAGCAUCUACAUUCAGCUAGCUGCCAAAUCAAAGUGUUCAAGCCAAAAGGCGCUGAUAGAAAACAGAAAACAGAUAGGGAAAAGAUGGAAAAACGAACUCCUCAGGAGAAGGAAAAGUAUCAGCCUUCUUAUGAUACAACUAUUCUUACAGAGUGUUCUCCAUGGCCAGACAUCUCCUAUGUUAACAAUACGGCAUCUCCUGGAUUUAGCAGUUCGCAGGGCAGCUUUACCAUUGCUGAAGGAAAUGGAUCGCCUCACCAUCAGCCUGACCCAGUUCCUGCAACCACUGAUACACUGGGAUCCUUUCGAAAGUGGGCUUGUCGGGAACUGUCCGUGUCUCCCGUCUCCGAAAAUCAGAAUCUGUUGCCAACAGCCACACCUCAGGACGCUCAGCAGUGGUUGCACAGAAAUCGAUUUUCUCCAUACUGCAGGCUCUUCGCAAACUUCUCUGGUGGAGAUCUGUUAAAGCUGACUAGGGAUGACGUUAUCCAAAUCUGUGGUCCUGCAGAUGGAAUCCGACUCUUCAAUGCUCUAAAAGGGAGGUAA